CGGAACCUCGCGUCAUGGUUCAAUCGGAGAGCAGCGGCCUCGAUAAAUGGCUUGAAGAAAACAAAUUUGCUCAGUUCGUGUUUAAAAUUGGAAAUUACAUCCCUGUAGUGUUUCUAAUAGCAUUG